UACAUUUUAGAGAACUUAAAAGGAGCACGUUGAGAAGGAGCGCUGCCAUUUACAAAUGGAGAGAAGUAGCACUGAAGUUGUAGAGAUGGAAAAUAAAGAGGUGAUCAAAGAAGGGAAGUCAGAGAUGGAAAAAAUGGAUGAGCUAAGCGACCAUUUCAAGAGGAAGAAGGGUGGAAUUAUCACAAUGCCCUUCAUCUUCGCAACUGAGUUUUGUGAGAAGUUGGCAGUGGAUGGCUUCAGUAACAAUAUGGCUAACUAUUUAACUCAACAUCUUCAUAUGCCUAUUACUAAAGCCGCUAACACUGUCACCACCUUCAGUGGCACUGCAGGCUUGAUGCCAUUGCUUGGAGCCUUCAUCGCUGAUUCAUAUGCUGGACCCUUUUGGACUAUCACUGUCGCUUCCAUUACGUGCCAAAUAGCCCUGGUAUGCUUGACAUUAUCAGCGUCACUGCCACAGCUAAGGCCACCUCCAUGUGCAGCUAACCAUGCGUGCCAAGAAGCCAAUUCCAGGGAGAUUGCAAUCCUCUACUUUUCUCUUCUAAUGGUGGCCAUCGGAUCCGGCGGGAUCCGACCAUGUGUGGCAGCCUUUGGGGUGAACCAAUUUGUUGGUGUGGAACCUAAGCACAAGACCAAGGCAUGGGUGUUUUUUAAUUGGUACUAUUUUGUGAUGGGGGCAUCUAUGCUUCUGUCCUCAACAGUGCUUGUAUAUAUUCAGGAUAAUGUUGGAUGGGGUUGGGGCCUUGGAAUUCCAACAGCUGCCAUGCUUUUUUCAAUACCCAUUUUUGUUUUUGGCUACCCGCUUUACCGAAUUUUGGAUCCGGCUGGGAGCCCAUUUACUCGAUUGUUACAAGUCACUGUGGCUGCAUUUAGGAAGAGAAAUGUCCCCUUUGUUUCUGACCCAGAAAUGUUAUAUCAGAAAAAGGAGAUUGAUGCCUCUAUUUCUUCAGACGGGAUGCUACAUCAUACUAGACAAUUUCAGUUCUUGGACAAGGCAGCCAUUGUGACUGUCAAAGACGACAUUAAAGCUACACAAAAACCAAAUCUAUGGAGGCUGAACACGGUUCAUAGAGUUGAAGAGUUGAAAUCUAUAAUGAGAAUGUUACCCAUAUGGGCUGCUGGAAUCAUCUUUUUCGCAGCCUCUGCCCAACAACGAACCUUCUCUCUCCAACAAGCCAAUGCCAUGGACAGGCAGCUCACAAAGUCAUUCCAAAUCCCUUCAGCCUCAAUGUUCCUCUUCACCGUCAUAUCUAUGCUCACCACGAUUGCCUUCUACGACCGCGUUUUCGUUCCUUUUGCAAGCAAGUUCACAGGGCUCAGCCAAGGCAUCACCUUCUUGCACCGCAUGGGAAUGGGCUUUUUCAUUUCAAUAUUCGCCACUCUGGUGGCCGGCUUCAUUGAAGUGAAGCGCAAAAAGCAUGCAGCUAAUUUGGCUAAAUCCACUACUCUCCCAUUAAUCUCAGUCUUUUGGCUUGUGCCACAGUACAGCCUUCAUGGGAUUUCAGAGGCUUUCAUGGCCAUCGGCCACCUCCACUUUUUGUAUGAUCAGGCGCCGGAGAGCAUGAGGAGCACCGCCAUGGCGCUGUUUUGGACGGCAAAUUCGGCCGGUGACUAUGCCAGCACACUUUUGGUUUCUCUGGUGACCAAAUUUAGUCACUGGCUUCCAGGCAAAAACUUGAACAAUGGAAAAUUGGAGUACUUUUACUGGUUGAUCACAUGUUUGCAAGUCCUAAAUUUUGUGUACUAUUUUCUUUGUGCCAAAUUCUUUACUUCCAAGUCCCUUCAAAUACAAACAAACGAAGGUGAUGACUCGAAAGGGAAGGGAUUAGAGCUCGAGAAUGGGGUUUAG